AUGAACAUCUUCCGCUCCUUGAUUGGCAAAGUCUGGCAAGACCCGAACGCAGAAGAGGUCGUCAAGAUCUCGAGCGGACAACUCUACCUCCUUCGUCCAGACCAGCAAAUACGAACGUCAAGAGAGUGCAUUUACAAUGAGGCUAUCGCCACCAUUCGUCGUGUGCCCUCAGUGGAACACAACUUUCAGCUUGUAGUAACUCGUGUAUACGAAGAGGGUGACGAAGAGCUACUCGAGGACGAAGAUGAAACCGAUGAAGAGCGUGUCUUUCUGAUUGGCGAGGAGCUCGACUUCUACACCUCCGAGAACGAAGGCGACCCUACCUUCGUGUGGCGCGAUCUUCAAGGCGAUCCAGAUGAGUUCUUCGAGUUCACCGCCCCGGGCUGCAACGAGCCCACCCGGGCAUUCUUUGAGACCUGCAUGUACCGCGCCAUGUACGAGCGCAAAUACCGCAAGAGCGCCGACAACGUCGCCGACUCCGCGCUCGAGGAGUUCAUUCGCGGGCCUCCGCAGACGCAGAAGAAGCAGAAGAAGGCAGCGUCGAAGAAGAAGGUGGCCACGUCGCCGUCUACGAGCAAAGUGGCUGCCUCCGCGCCUGCACCUGCUGCUGUGACUGCAGAGCUCGAGUCUGCUAUGCAAUCCCUCAACGUCGACGAGCCGAAGGCAUCGCCACCUGCACCGAAGGGCAAGGCACCUGAGCCGGAGACCUCUUCCGCCGUCUUAAACGAUAUGAUCGAGCUCGUCACGACAGAGGCUGAGCUCUACCACUGGGAUUGGGACAAAGAGGAGUUCGAGAAUCAGGGCAUCGUGACCGCGCGCAUACUCCAACCCAAGAGCGGGAUCUACGUCUUCUAUCUGGCCGCGGAAGUCAAUGGGCGCUUGUUGUUGCAGCAUCUGAUUAAGACGGAGAUGAACCAGCGAUGGUCACCCAAGAUGUCCUCCUUGACCUGGAACAAUAUACCAGAGCAUGGGAAGGCGACUAGUUGGCUGUUCAGGUUCCCGACCGAGGAGGCGUUUGCUACUUUCCAGGAGGUCUUUAUGAAGGCGCUUUGGGAGACCGUGUAUCAGGCGCCAUGGGAGAAGAUGAAGGUCGACGAGCAGCAAUAUGUCUUGCAUUCCAACGACGACGUCGAGAUGGUGGAUGUGCAGGAUGACGAAGAGGACGAGGAGGAGGUUGGCGCAGUGCUGGACCCUGAUGAAGAGUCCAGCGACGAGGAGGAGACCGAGGAUGAUGAAGAUGAUGACGAGUCCCGACCAUCGAUGGCUGGCAAGGACCGCAACGAGCAGCUCACUGUCGGCUACAAGGGCGACAAGGCGUUCAUUGUCAGAGGAAAGAACAUCGGUAUCUUCGUCGAGUCGCAAGACGGUCGCAACAUUAAGUACAGACAUACGAGCGCCGUCAAGACUCCCAAGGGUGCCGACUUCAAGCCGAAGCAGAUCAUGUUGCACAACCAGGACGCUCAGAUCAUCAUCUCCAACCCAACCGAGCCCAACAAGCUCUACAGCAUGGACGUCGAGCGCGGCCAGAUCGUCGACGAAUGGAAGGUGCACGACGACAUCCAGGUUGGCCACAUCGCCCCGGACAACAAGUUCGCCGGUGCGACACACGAGUCCACCUUCGUCGGCGCCUCCCACAAUGCCCUCUUCCGCGUCGACCCUCGUGUAUCCGGUAACAAGCUCGUCGACUCGCAGUUCAAGCAGUACGUCAGCAAGAACAAGUUCUCUGGCGUCACGACCACCGGCUCGGGCAAGCUCGCCGUCGCCAGCGAGAAGGGCGACAUCCGCUUGUUCGACACGAUCGGGAAGAACGCGAAGACGGCGCUGCCGCCGUUGGGUGACCCGAUCAUCGGUAUCGACGUGACGGCGGAUGGGCGGUGGAUCGUUGCGACGACGAAGACGUAUUUGCUGCUCAUUGACACGCUCAUUGGCGAAGGGCGAUACGCUGGGCAGCUGGGCUUCGACAGGAGCUUCCCGGCGAACGCGAAGCCUAUACCGCGUCGACUGCAGCUGCGUCCAGAGCAUGUCGCGUACAUGAACCAGGACGUCAGCUUCAGCCCUGCGAAGUUCAACGUCGGCGAGGGACAGGAGGAGAAUGCGAUUGUCACGUCCACUGGGCAGUUCGUCGUAGCAUGGGACUUCAAGAAGGUCAAGAAGGGGCAGCUCAACAACUACGAAAUCAAGAAGUUCGAGGACUUCGUCGUGCAGGACAACUUCCGGUUCGGCGAUGACAAGGAGAUUAUCGUUGCUCUGUCGAACAACCUCGUCCAGACCAACAAGAAGAACCUGAAGCGACCUACGCGACAGUCUCUCGCACCGCCAGGUGUCACUAGCUAUUCGUCUGUCGUGAACUCUCCGUACUAG